AUCCGUGCCGCAAUCACAGCCUAGGCUGUCAAUCACCAGUCCUGGCCAGUGAUUUUUCACCAGCACCCAGUGAUCGCCGAGUAUUACUGACGGGGGAGAGAACUGUAUGUAAACAAUGCAGUUCUCUGCCCUGUUGGCUCCUGCACACUGCUUUGUAUGGCUGUCCAUAGCAGAGCCAGUCGAAAGCACACACAGCACAUAAUGUGAAGCAGCACACAGUUAACCCUUUGAUCGCCCCACAUGUUAACCCCUUCCUGCCCAGUGCCAUUAGUACAAUGUCAGUACUUUUUAUUAGCACUGAUCACUGUAUUGGUAUCACUGGGGAUGUUAGAGACACCAAGUCAGUUCCCCCCAGUGUCAGAAUGCCCGCUGCAGUCCCACAGUCCCGCUAUAAGUCGCUGA